GGUUCACCAACUAAUAACAAAGUGCCAGUACCCAUUAGCCAUUGCGCGCUGUGAAAUCCUGGCUGAUGCAGAUCGACUCUAAAGCAAGUCAGAAUAAAAGAGAAUUAUUAUUGUCUCCUUUAAAAAAUCCCUUCUGCCGAUCUCUACCAACGAAGAAUUCAAGUUUUCCAGUGAAAAGAUAUUUUUCAGACUAACCAAAUUCCUGUUUUCGGGUCUUGCUUCUAAAGAUUAAAAAAAAAAAGUCAUGGUCAUGGAACAACCUAGUCCCCAGUGUGUGGGUCAUGAGUUUGUACGACAAUAUUACACACUUCUAAACAAAGCACCAUUACAUCUUCACAGAUUUUAUAGUAAUAAUUCAUCUUUUGUUCAUGGAGGAUUGGAUCAACCAGGACAAGAAACUAAGGCUGUAGUUGGACAACAGGUAACAGGUGAAUUAUCGAAUAAUGGUCAACCAAUGAGAAGGUUCAUGCAAACGUUUGUAUUGGCUCCACAGUCACCAAAGAAGUAUUAUGUGCGCAAUGAUAUAUUUCGAUAUCAGGAUGAAGUUUUUAAUGAUGAAGAAGAAAUAGACAAUCAAGAUAGUGGUGCAGGUAAAGAUGUUUCCUAUGUAAUAGUUUUUUGUAGGAAUGGAAGUAUUCAUUCAACUGAAACUCGAUCAGUUGUGAUCCCUCCUCCACCUCCACCAGAAAUUGAUCAGCAGCCAGAACUGGAAGCUGAGUCACCUAAAUCAGAUUGGGAAGAAGUAGAUGAACAAUCCCCAAUUGAAGAACAACCUGAAAUGGAUACAUCUGAGUUGACUUCUACUCAACCAGAACCAAAAACUUAUGCAAAUAUGGUGAGCAAAAAUGCUCCAACUACUGGAUUUGUCAACAAUACAGUAAUUGGUACAACUAGUCCAGCCACUGUUGGUACACAUUCACCAACACAAAAUAAAGCUGAAGUGAAUAAAUCUGAACAGAGCAAUGCUUCGGUUUCACCUAGUGGAAAUCAACCACAAGCACAACGGAUAUCAAGAUCUGUAAGGCCUGCUCCUGUAGUGAAGAUUGUAAGAGAAUCGGUUAUUGUUAAUCCAAGUGGAAGAGCUGAAGACAGUGGAGGUGAAGGAGAAAAACGCAAGCCUCCAUUAACACAGUAUCCAGAUACACAACAAUUAUUUGUGGGAAAUUUAACUCAUACAAUAACAGAAGAUGAAUUAAAACAUCAUUUUAUGCAAUAUGGAAAUGUAUUAGAAAUGCGGAUUAAUACAAAACAAACUCAGAAAAUGGGUAGUAGUGGAAAAGUGCCGAAUUUUGGAUUUAUUGUCUUUGAAGAUCCUGAUUCUGUUCAUAAAGUUCUGGAAAAGAAACCAAUUUUCUUCAAUGGCCAUCGUUUGAAUGUUGAAGAAAAGAAAACAAAGCCCCGAGACCAAAGAAUAGGUGAUGGUCGCAUUGGUAUAGGAAGGAGUGGUAUGAUGGGAAGGGGCGGAUUAGGAGGUCGAGGAGGUGGUCGGGGUGGCAUGGGUGGCCCCCAAGGUACCGGCAGAGGAGAGAUUCGUGGAGGUGGAAGAGGAGGCAAUUAUGGUCCACGCCGUUAAAGUUAAUUGAAAAUAUGAAUGAAUGAUUAUUGUGAUGUCCAUACUGUCUACCAUAUGCGGCUCUGGUGCCUGAAAUGCAGUUUAAGGUGAACCAGGGUAAUUGUGAUCAUAAAAAUAUUUGACAAUAGUUGGGCCAAAAUAACGUCGUUUCUAACAAGACUUAUCAUAAUGAUGGACAAAGAAGAACAUAAAAUUAUGUCAUGUGAACAAUUCUCAUCUUCAUUUAUUUAAUUAAUUUGUAUGGAAUUAUAAAUAUCCUUUGAUUAGUGUUUCUUCCAAGAAUGGGGUAAAAGUGAUUUUGUUGUUUAUGCUUAAAAGUUGUGAGUAUUGUUUUUAAAGUGGUAUUGAUGUGUUAAACUAAUGAAAUGUCUAAGAAUAAUAAUAAGGUAAUUUACAAAUAUCUGAAUUAAAAUAGAAAACAUAGUAAUAUUUUUACAAUAAUUGUAUAGAAAGAUGAAAACUGAAUACUAUAUUAACAAUACAUGUAAAUCUUUGUUAAUAUUAUUAGUCUUCAGUUGACUAGUUAAAGUUUUAAAGUUAAUGUGAAUAAGACAGUAAAAUAUCCUUAUUUACAAAAAUCACAAUGUUAUUUCAGUGUUUUAAAUUGUUAUUGCAAAUAAUUCACUUUUUAUUUGUUGACAUCAUCAGUUUAGAAUUUGGAAUCGAACAUAGUAUUAUGGAUUAUUGACGAAUCUUAAUUCAACUCUUCAAGAAUUCAUAAUAAAAAUCACAUUUGCCCCAUUAAUACUUUUAAUGAAAACUUUGUUUUGAAUUUGUUGUUAUAAAGUGCUGACUUUAAAAUACUCUGUUUUUCUCCCAAUAGACUUUUAUUAAAAUGGGUGUUUAUCCUGAAAAAA